AUGUAUAGUCUUAGAUCUCGAAUAUACUCGAGAACGUUCCAAAGACUACCGGCACUGAAUUUUAUUCCUGCGAGAACAGCUAUAAUACCAUCUAGAACAACCGCUCACAAGAGAAAACGGCGAAUCAAAGAUGUGUCCGCUAGCGAUCUGAACCUUAAAGGUGUGGGUAAAACAGACACUAAAACCCUAGAGUUCAAGCUCAAGCAAUUACAAGAGUUUACCAGGAAUAUAAGAGAACAGAUAAAGCUUAGCGAGUCUAAUCGAAAGAAGAACGAUGAACUAAACAAUCAAAUUGGCCCGAGUGAGGACAAUGAUGAUCAAAAUUCGAGUGCAAUUUUCAAUGAUCUGAUAGCCAGUGCCUCUUCACCUACGACUUCGAAGGACCCUAAAAACCUCUCAUCGAUCAUUAUGGCGGCUCAGCCCAAGGAAUCAAAUAAACUGCUGCCGGACAUAAUUAGAAAGCGAAUUAACGACGACGCAUUUGUUCUGGCCUCUUUGAUGGACAAAUCACACCAAAACUGGAAUGGCAUCAUAUCUAAAUUGCAUCACUCCGAGCUGCGGCUCAAAGAAGUGCCAAUAAUGGUACUGAAGAAGUGGCUACUAGCCAAGUGUGAUUGGCUUUCCUUUGAAAAUAUAGAAAAUCUUGAUCAAAUGCUUCUAGAGAGGGUGGAUGGUGAUAUAUCACGGUUUAGCUACCCAAUGUACAACUGUCUUUUCUCCAAUUUGUCGAAAUUAAAAGCAGGUCAAGAUCAUGAGCGUAUACUCGAAAAGAUGAAAGAGCUUCUCCAAAGAUAUGAUCAAACAAGGGAGACACACACUACCGAAGUGUUCGAAAUGAACCAAUUUAUACUGAACUGCUGCAUAAAAUACUCAAGUAAAGCUCUGAGCUUUGAGAAUAUGAACUAUUUUCUAUCCAAGUUUAAAGAAGACUACGGUAUAACACCCAACAGACAAAAUUACACCACGAUCAUACAGUUUUACACCAAGAUCGGGGUUAGUAAACAAGCAUGGGAUGUGUUUGACACGAUGAAGUUUUUAUCAAAGAGCCAUGAACCUGAUGUGGUUACUUACAACUCGGUGCUACAUCUCUGUAACAGAGAUCGGGAUUAUGCAAGGGCGAUAGACUUAUUCCAAGAAAUGAGUGAUAAGAAUGUGCAGCCAAAUGCACAGACCCUCAACAUUAUGGCCAAAACUUUGGCUAGAGCGAGUGCAGAUUCAAUGACAAGUGAAAAUAAGGCUGAAUCGCUGAGGUUGCUCGGUUGGAAAUAUAUUCACCAGAUUGAGGACACCUUUCACACCAAGCACACAGAGGUUCCCUUCUAUCACACUUUAGAGGCAAUGAUGGCGUUAGCCGCGUACGAUGGUGAUGUUGGUCUUGCCAGGGCAUUAUACUACAAGUAUACUACUCAAAGAUAUAGGCAACUGGUGAAAAAAUUGACUUAUAGUUCUGACAUCAGGAAAGUGUGGCAAUACGCAUUGGACCCGCGGCUGUUCAACUACUUGCUACUCGCAUAUUCCAAAUUCGACAGCACUUCAUUGCCAAUAUUGAUGGGAUACGAACAAGGUAUCAAGCUAAGGCGGAAUAUUAUGAACAGUGUUGAUUAUACGGUGCGACAAUCCGGUGAUGAUGGAAUCAACAAUCAAUUGCCAAUGCUUCCAGUUGUCGAUUUAAAUCAACCGUGGCAAGUUUUGGCAGAAUCAAGAGCAUUAUGGCAGUUCAAUUUAGAAUAUGGUGGAUUAUAUGACCUGAGGCAGAAGCCUCAUGAUCUGACACAAGAGAAUCUCGAGAACAUACGCUUGGGAUCAAAUACUCUAGAGGAAUUUAAACUCAAAAUAUUGCAUAAGAUUGCUCAAUGGAAAAGUAAAGAGGUUAACCACGCUGUUUUGAAUCCUGUCUCUUUAACUUCCUUCUUGACAAUACCUAUUCGCUUGGGAGAUGAGAAGGAGUUUUUGUUAAGAUUCGAAACUUUCUGCUUCCAACAACAAGAGUUUGACUCAGUGAUAGAACAACUCUACAACGGCUUUUUGCAGAUAGACAAAGGUAGUCACCCAGUCAGUGAUCACAUCAAGGACAUUUCAAUGGAUAGUGAGGAUGAUUCAAAUGCCAAGAUGGCUUAUAUUGCCUCUAUGAAGCACAAAAUUUUAGCCAGCUGUGCCACUUAUGAACUCAUGAUGAAAGCGGCCGCAACGUUUGGUGACAGCAAAUUGGCGACAAAGGCCUGGAAGUACCGUGGUGAUUUUAGGAAAACUUUGGCGUUCAAGAAUUUGAAUAUAGCUGAGAAAAAUCAAAGAGAUAGCGAAUUCGCUGCUCUGAUGGUAUCCUUUUUUGCGAACCAAGGAAUGUAUGCGGAUGCUUUGGGUAUCAUUAUGACUUCUCAAAGAUUCAUCGAUUGGAAGUACGAUAUGGUGAGAGCCCUUCAUCAAGGUCUGAUCAAGAUUGAAGAUGAAAAAAGCGCAAAGAUACUUUUGGAGAUCGUGAAUAAGAAAUCACCAAUUCUAAAUAUCGAGGAGCAUAUCAAGGAACUUAAUUUUUAA